AUUUUAAUUUACAUUAAACAGAGAACUGAUUUAGUAUAAGCGAUACAUUAAAGUUUACACAAACUCAGCUGUUUGCAAAUAUAUCAGUGCUUCACUGUUUAUUUGUUUCUGGGAUAUAUAUUCAUCAGUAUUGGAAUGGCACUGACAUCAUCCUGCUUAAAUGAACUUAAUCAGAACUCACCAGUAGACAUGGAUAGUAUUAAAGUCACCUUGAAUUUCAGUGAUGAUGGAAUGGAAGAAGAAUCCGACAUCAGCACAGCCAAGUCACCUAAAUCAUGGAAUAGUUCAAAUAUGACGUACACUCCUUCUCCUGUGAAAAGAUCAUUGUUCUUUCAGCCACGAAAGGUUUCAAACCGAAUGUCAGGAAUAAAUUCCGCCUGCAGACUGCCGCGAAAGAAUGACAAAAUAUCGCAUGGAUUGCCUUUAUCUAAUUUAAAACAAGUUGAAGAUUCCAACUUAAUGUCAGAUGAUGAUGAUUCAAAAACCUUAUCACUCCCGUUUAAAACAUAUGCUGAAAGAAGAGACUCUGGUUGUUUAGAAUAUGAUGAGAAUACACCGACUGCUUCUCCAAUGCGGGCAUCUAAUGCAUUCAGUUUCAACUCCUGCAGCAGUGGCGAUGAAAAUAACAGCGACAGUUGUUUCUCCUCUCCAAUUAGACCACGGCCCAUAAGCAAUUUUCACUCCCCACGACGCAGUGUGAGGUUUUUAAACAUGUCAACUUCUCCAUCUUCUUCUUCUGGUGUCUCUUGCUGUUCUCCUGUUAGAUCUCCACCUGAAACUCCCCCUCACACAAGAAAACUUAGAGCCCUCACUUUAUUUGACACACCACGCACACCAAAAACCCUCAUGAGCAAGUUAAAAUCACGUAUCAACGAGAAAAAGGAUUCUGAUGAUAAAAUAUCCGCUCCUAACCCCGUGAGCCCUGUCGCAUCAACAAAGAGUCGUAGCCGUCUUGAUAUUUUAAAAGUAUCCGAUUCAACUUUUCCACACACUCCUUCCAGUAAAAGCAAGCUUAUGGAUGACAGUGAAGAUUGUUAUUCCCCGAUCACCAGAAGAGCACAUGUGCUUGGUUCAAAUGUUCGCGCUUCCUUAAUGCGAGCCUCACCGCUUGUCAAUAUCAACCCAUUCACCCCAGAUAACCGAUCUGUCAGCUCAAAACGCUUAAGGACACAGAAAGCAAGCGAUUCUGUUUUAUUACAAGACAGCGGACUUGAUGAUGAGGAAGAUGAAGCAAGACCUGCAAAGAGGAUUCAUUUAAGAGAAAAUAACAUUUCCCGUUAUGCUCAAGAGUUUCACGAAGUUGGUAAAAUUGGUGAUGGAGAAUUUGGAGCAGUUUAUAAAUGUGUUAACCGCCUGGAUGGAUGUACUUAUGCAAUUAAACGAUCAAAGCAACCUCUCGCUGGUUCAAUUGAUGAGGCCAAUGCAAUUCGCGAGGUGUGUGCUCAUGCUGUGCUUGGAAAACAUAGACAUGUGGUUCGAUACUAUUCCGCUUGGGCAGAAAAUGAUCACAUGGUUAUUCAAAACGAAUACUGUAACGGUGGAAGUUUGGCAGAUGUUCUGAGUGAAAAUCAAAAAGCGGGAAUUGUCAUGUCUGAAAAAGAAGCUCAAAAUGUUUUAGUGCAAAUUGCGAAAGGUCUCAAAUAUAUUCAUUCUCAAAACCUGGUACAUUUAGACAUCAAACCUGGCAACAUCUUCAUUUGCAAAGAACGUCGCUCUUUUGGAUCUCCACGCCACAGUAAUGAUGAAAAUGAGUUUCAUGCUCAACCAGAAAACGAAGAAAGUAUUUACAAAAUUGGCGACCUUGGUCAUGUAACUUGUGUAGAAGACCCACAAGUUGAAGAGGGUGAUUGCCGCUAUCUUGCAAACGAAGUUUUACAGGAAAACUUCAGUCAUCUUCCUAAAGCUGAUGUGUUUGCACUGGGCCUCACUAUAUAUGAGCUUGCUGGAGGUGGAAUUUUGCCCAAGAAUGGACCAGAGUGGCACAAGUUACGAACAGGCAACUUACCCCCACUUUCUGGUUGUUCUUCAGAGUUUAACAGACUUCUUCAGAGUAUGAUUGAUCCUUCAACAUCAAGAAGACCAAGUGCAGCCGGUCUUCUGCAGCAUCCAAUUUUGUCAACUUACUCUUCCAAAAGUAAACAUCAGUUACAAAAAGAGCUCAAUGAACAGAAAUUCCAAAUUGAAAUUCUAACUAGGGAAUUAGAAAAUGCCCGCAAAGCCCCACAGGAACAGCCUCCUGUAUUUCAUCGAGAAAGUUUCUGUGUACGUCGUGGUGGUAUGCUUGGUGCAACCCGAAAGCUGCAAAGUUCGUUAAAGGGUGGCAAGACAACACGACUUAUUGGAAAGAAAUGCAACCGUAGUAUGAGUCUUAACAUGUUCUAACUGCCGCAUGUUUUAGAACUGAAUAUUUAUUUUUAAACUGCCCUUACAUGUGCCUUCCAUUAAAUUGCUGAUAAUCACUGCAGAGAUGAGCUCAAUCAUGCCAAACUGUUUUUUUAUUCGCCUUUUUAUGUUUUACUGUUUUGUAAUAUGAUGUUCCAAGUGUGAUUGGUUACAUAUGUAUUGGAGCAUAUCCACCCAACCAUUAUCUUUCGUUUGUGUUCUUUUCUGUUCUAUUUCAUUGUGGUUUCAUUGCUGUUAUGUUGCAUACCUUGCGGCUAGUUCAGUGUGGUGUUCUUGUGUUAUGAAUAUACAUCACGAUUCACUUCUUUCAAACGUCUGCUGUUUAUUAUGCCGACCCUCAUCACUGCUAAACAUUUACCGAACGUGCUUAAAAAUAUUGCCAAAAUAUUUGAAUACACUGCCGUGCAUGGUACAAACC